CGCUUUCAUUGUUCCAGGUAUAUACAUUCGAAGGAGAAGCCAUUCAAGUGCACAGAAUGCGGGAAAGGGUUUUGCCAGUCAAGGACACUUGCCGUCCACAAGAUACUUCACAUGGAAGAGUCCCCUCACAAAUGUCCUGUCUGCAGCCGAAGCUUUAACCAGCGUUCAAACCUCAAGACACAUCUUCUAACCCACACGGAUCACAAGCCAUACGAAUGCAACUCAUGUGGAAAAGUAUUCCGAAGAAACUGCGAUUUACGUCGCCAUGCUUUGACUCAUGCUGUUGGAGAUGUUCCCCCAGGAGACGUUCUUGAUGUUGGUGAAGAAGAUAUUGGAAGACCAGAAUCUCCUAUUGAACCAGGAUAUGACGACGAAGAUCCGGAACUGUCAUCUCCUGAGCAUUCUCCAGUAAGACGAGCGCGUUCAUCAUCUAUAGAAAGUAUUGGCAGAGAGCAAAGUGAAGAAAGACCAAGACGAAAAUCACCAUCGGCUUUUGAACGUACUCAUUGCCAUCACAAUGAGCCACGAGACAGAGCAAGUCCAUAUACAAUGCGUCCGCAGCAUCAAGAUAAGCACCGAUCGUUGUCAGAGAUAUAUGAGAAAAGACGAUACACUUCAGACGAAAUCAUAGAAAAAGAAAUGCGUUACACGGACUUGCCUGAGCAGCCGAUAAGACAUCCGCAAUUGCAAAUUCGUAGAGAUUUGCACCAAGUUGCACCGCCGGAUCCGUCCAAGAUCGGUCAGAUGACAAGUCCGCCAAUAGAUCCAGGGCCUUCAGGAAUGUACAUGAGUCCAUUUAGAAAGAGAAGUCAUCCGCCUGACAUUGGAGAUAGUGUAAGAACUUGUGCAGCAAUAUACAGGAGUAGAUCGCCGGAGCCGACUAAUCUAACAAUGCCCCGACAACCACUAGGAAACGCUGAGGUUGUAGUCGGUAUGCCUCCAACAAUAAUUGGAAUUCCUUCAUAUCAUAAGUUUGGAUUGCCAAUGCCACCACCUCAUCCACAGAUACCUUACGGUCCUGUGCCACAUUCAGUGUUAGGACCUCAACAGACAGUUGCUCAAGAUUUGAUAGUGAAGCAUGCGCCUCCAAAAGACACUGCUCCAAGUACUUCAACAAGCGUCACAAGCUGCAAGGACAACCUACAAACUAACCUUAAAGAAAACGAAGAGCCAAGUUCCAGCUCUAUCGCUAAUGGCAUAAAAAAUAUUGUGGGGAUCCAACCAAGUGCUAAUCCUAAACCAGGGGCAAGUCAGUCCACCGCACCUAAAAAAGGCUUUAGUAUAGAAGACAUUAUGAGACGCUGAUAUUUUGAUUUAACUUCUAAAAGUGGUGCAUUUAAGAUUGUUCGUAAGCUACGUUUAAUGUAUGUAAGUAGUAGUUUAAUUAGUGUAACUAUCUUGAGAAGUAUUAUUAGUUCAAGUUUCGGUACAUUUUGUUAGAGGUAUGACUGUAUUUGUAUUUAUUUACAAUGUGGAUUUGGUUUUCGUAAAGAUCUCAUAAGGUUUGUUUGUGCAGUGUUUUGUUUACCUCCAAAUUUUAAAAAUUAGUUUAUCAAAAUUUUAGGCAAUAUUUUAAUUUUUAUUUCGAUUAUAAUUGUUGGAUUUCAUAGUUAUUUUUAAGAGCGAAUCACUUUGUAUUUAGAGUUGGUAUGGACCAUUCAAUGCCGAUUUUAUUUUUGUAAUGUUUUAGUUUGUUAUUUCGCAUUAAAUUAAGUAGAUUAAUUGUAAUGUGACUGGUAAUUAAGUUUGUCGUACGUGUUAUUUAUUGUUUAAUUAUUUCAUAUUCUUAAUUAGGUAUACGAGUAGACUAGUGUCUAUGAUCAGUUUAUUUCGUGAUUUGUAGUAAAGCAUCAGAAUGCUGAAUUUGUACAUAGGGAUUCAAACUAGGUGUACUUUAAGGUAUAUUAAGAAGGCUUAAGCAUGUGACAUCACAAAAAAGUAU